AUGGCUACCCAAAAAGAGUUUCAGUUACAAGCUAAGUUCAGUAGCUGGUGCAGAGAGGCCAACAUAGAACCACUCCAUGCCUUUGUAUUGUGUGGUGUUCCUACCGAGACUAAAAUGUCUGACAUUAAAGAAGCAGCACCUUCAGUGAAGAUUUUUGGAAGAGUUAAAGUAAGAGACAUUCAAACUGAUGCUGAGACAGGCAGCAAUCGGGUGCUCUGCGAGUGUCGUUACAAAGUAGAUUCAGACCGCAUUCCUAUGUACUUGCAACCAUUGAAUGGAGAUUUAAAAUGGAAAGUUGUCCUUCUUUCUGACACUGUGGAUGAUUUCUCAGCCAAGCUGCACCAACUACUGAAAGAUGAGGGAAAAACAGUAAGUGAUGUGCAUGCUUUGCUGUCGACAGAUGCUCCCCAGGCAAGUUCACCUGAAUCUAUCAUCAAAGCAGUAGGGGAUCUGUUAGGAAAAACCCUAAGACCUACCUAUGAGAACAAUGCCUUCCGCUGUUUGUGCAUGUUCUCUGGAAACCAACCCAUUCCUGGAGGUAAGGAAAACCUGGAGCAGUGGCUUGAACAAGCUCGUCUGAUGAUUGAAGAGUCUGACUGUUCGGAUCGAGAGAAACGAAAGAAAAUAGUGGAGAGUCUAAAAGGUCCUGCACUUGAUAUAAUUCAGGCUGUUCAGUUGAGUGACCCUGAUGCCAGCCCCAUUGACUAUGUUGAUGCUUUAGAAAGUGCUUUCGGGUCUCCUGAGUCUGGUGAAGACCUGUAUUUUGCAUUCCGGAGUUUAUAUCAGCAGUCUAAGGAAAGGUUGUCUGACUUCUUACGGAAAUUAGAACACUUACUGAUCAAAGUAGUAAAGAAAGGAGGUCUUUCUGGCUCCAGAGCAGAUCGUGCCAGAAUUGAUCAGCUCAUACGAGGGGCUACAGAAUCUGAUAUGAUGUUAGUGCAGCUGAGACUCAGAGAAAGGAGAGAAAAGCCUCCCACUUUCUUAAUGCUGUUAUGUGAGAUACGGGAAGAGGAAGAGUUUGAGAUGGCAUGA